AUGAAUCUAAUGGCUGCCAACUUAAUAAAAUCAGCUGGUUUUUCAGUCAGCGCGUAUAGAAGCCUACUGCUAAAGUCGGCAGAGCUAGUCGUAAAAGUUCAAUUCUGGUAUGAUACUUUAGAUUUUUUCAACUAAGUUUGUGACGGAAACAUUUUUCUUUUGUAUUAAAAUACUGAGAGAUCUCGUGCAAGGCGUGCAUCGUAUUACUUCUUCAGUUCAAAAUAUUAAACAUUUCAUGUAUCAGUCUUGAACUUAUCGGAAGAAUAUACUGACUUACGACUUAGCCUAAGCCAAAGUAUACAAGACUAGAAAUACUAGUUAGGCGAUAUCCAUUUUUUACUAAUCAUCUGAAAAUCAACUGAAAUUGUGCUUAAUUACAUAAAAAGUAAGCAAGAAGAUGAAAAUUCACAAUGUUCAAAAUAGCCUUACGUUUUCAUCUACGGCUUUCGGAGAGAAUAAUAACGUUUAUUGGCCAGACAAUAAAGAUGUUCUUCUGUCGUAUACUACUAAUGAGGAUGAAUGUGAAGCGACUAGUUGUAAGUUUUUGGUGGGGAAGCUGGAAAACUGCCUCCGGCAAGCUAAGCUAGAACUUCACUGUAGCGAAGUGCUCCUUCCAUCAAACCUUACUCACAGAAUAGCUGAAGAUAUCGUACGGAUGUCAGAACGUGAACCAUGUGGAUUACGUGGAUGUGUUCUCUACAUCAACUUGGAAGAGAAGAAACUUAGUCGUCGCAUUGGAAAAAUAAAAUGUGCAUCAGAUGCUGUUGCCACCUUUGAGAUUUUUCUCAUGCUCAAAGCAGACUGUAGUAGUUGGUUUAGAAUUAAACAACUUUUAAUGGCCCGGUUAGGUCGCAAGCCGGCUGUUGUAAUUAGUGAAGGAUAUGCUCUAAAUAAGAAAAAGCUUUAUCGUUCCUCAAGUUAGCACCUAAUAAUGUUUGAAUAGUACAAAUAACCGCAUAUAAUUUUAUCGUAGUCGCUUUUCAUUCACAAGUACAUUUCAUCCCUUUUGAACGGUUCUAAGCAGGUAUUUAACAGUUAAUGCUCAGGCUAGUGAAUAUUUUAUUACUGUAUUGUUAAAUGGGAUGAGUGAGUAAGUGAGCGAGAAAGUGUAUGUUGUUUCAUAUGAAAUAUAUAUAUAUAUAUAUAUAUACAUUGUAUUUUACUGAAAGUAUAUUGUAGUAUUUUAUUUUCUCUGUAGCUGUGAUCUUUUUUUUAUAUUAUAAGUUCUAAACUUGAACUUGCUGAAAUGAUAUUAUUAAUGUGUAAUUUUUUGAAUAUUAAAAUAUGUAUUAAAUAUUACCAGAGCAGCUAGUCAUCUUUAGGUAUCACCUUACAUUUUCAUGAACGAAAAAAAUAAUUUUAAGAUGUUCAUAAACGGAAGAGCCUAUUUAAUAACGCGAAUUAUAUCAUUAGCUCUUUGACAAAAUCAGUUUUUAUAUUUCACAAAUUAGCAAAUAUAUAUCCUUGUAUGCUUUUCUUUCUUUUGCCGUUGUUGAAAAUAAAGUGUUAACAGCCUGUUU